CCGGAGAAAGCCGACUGGUUGCUGAAAAGUCCUGAGCGCCGCAGACGAUUGCUCUCUGGUUUUUUGACUUCGGUCUGACUACAGCUAAACCAUGGAGACCAUGCAGGAACUGAUCCCCUUUGCCAAAGAGAUGCUGAGCCAGAAGCCAAAUCGGAAGAUGGUCAAAAUGUACAUGCUGGGAAGCAUGCUGGCUUUUGUCGGGGUGGUUAUUGGCCUGGUGGAGAGCGUCUGCAGCCCUUUCACCUCUGAGGGGAAGCUGGAGGACGAGGAGGUAGAGGAAGAGGAAAAGAAGGGAUCUGCUUCCCUGGCCCAAGAGGCAGUUGUUCUCCCACAACAGGAGGAAGUAGUCUUGGAAAAGAGCAAGCAGGCUCUGGCCCUGAGGAAUUCGGUGAACAGGCAGCGUGCAUCGUAAGACCAUCCAAAGAAAUCCUAAAGACUGUCUGAGUGAGUGAGGACUUGUGACCUGCAGAAUGCCAACACGAGCUCACCUGCUUUGUACAGAAGCCAGGAGAUUAGAACGCAGUCCUGUAUCUGUAGGAGAAACUGCACACUUAAAUGGACUCUGAACAAGACUCUUUAUUUUGCUGCUGUGCAGCAGUCGGACACAGCCUUUGAAAUCUAUGUACCUGUUCUGUUGGUAUGAAUAUGUGAAGCUUGUAGCAUCUUGUACUUCCCCGUAUGGGGUUAUUUUUUAUUAUGAUUUUACAUGCAUUUUACACUACAUUUUAAAUAAAA